GAGGACCUCUGCCCGCCCCCUUCCUUCCCCGCCCCACCCUGCCCAGGGAGCUCCGCCCCGGGCCCACAGUUCUUCCGCCUUAGGCUGCCACCAGGCGGGAGGGACUAAUCUCCCGAAGCCCCACUUAUGUGUCUAGGGGCCCAGAAGCCCAGAUUCGACCGAGUAACGGGCUGCUUCACUGCUUUUCUCCGGUGCCCGGUUUUCUAGUCCCGGGGCAGCACCGGUUAGGUGCGCCCUGCAGGGUGAAAGUGCUAGAGUCUCAACAGCAGGGGGCGCUGAGGAGCUAGGGGACAUCCUCUCCCUGUCCUCCGCCCCCUCCCCGCCCGCGCGCAAAACACACUGGUCCGAGAAGCAGCACGGCGGAGCCGGAGCCGCGGGCCGAGCGGAGCCGGAGAGCGGCGGCGGCGGAGGCGGAGGCGGCGGCGGCGGCACCAUGACCCUGGGCAGCUGCUGUUGCGAGAUCAUGUCCUCCGAGAGCUCCCCGGCCGCGCUGUCCGAGCCCGACGCAGACAUAGACGUGGUGGGCGGCGGCAGCGGUGGGGGGGAGCUCACAGCCCGCUCCGGGCCCCGCGCCCCUCGGGACGUGCUCCCGCACGGCCACGAGCCUCCCCCGGAGGAAGCCGAGGCGGACGUGGCUGAGGACGAGGAAGAGUCGGGAGGUUGCUCGGACUGCGAGCCCCGCGCUCUAGCGCCCCGGGGGGCGGCGGCCGCAGCGGGAAGCCCGGGGCCCGGCGUGCAGGCAGCCCGAGGCGCAACGGGGCCGGGGCCGGGACCCGGGCCACCGUCGGGGGGCGCGGCGACACGGAGCCCUCUGGUGAAACCCCCUUAUUCGUACAUCGCGCUCAUCACCAUGGCCAUCCUGCAGAGCCCCAAGAAGCGCCUGACGUUGAGCGAGAUCUGCGAGUUCAUCAGCGGCCGCUUCCCCUACUACCGGGAGAAGUUCCCCGCCUGGCAGAACAGCAUCCGCCACAACCUCUCCCUCAACGACUGCUUCGUUAAGAUCCCCCGCGAGCCGGGCAACCCGGGCAAGGGCAACUACUGGACGCUGGACCCGGAGUCGGCCGACAUGUUCGACAACGGCAGCUUCCUGCGGCGCCGCAAGCGCUUCAAGCGGCAGCCACUGCCGCCGCCGCAUCCACACCCGCAUCCUCAUCCGGAGCUGCUACUGCGUGGCGGGGCUGCCGCGGCCGGGGACCCUGGCGCCUUCCUCUCGGGCUUCGCCGCUUAUGGCGCCUACGGCUACGGCUACGGGCUGGCGCUCCCGGCCUACGGCGCACCUCCCCCGGGCCCGGCCCCACACCCGCAUCCGCACCCGCACGCCUUCGCCUUUGCCGCCACCGCGCCUUGCCAGCUGUCAGUGCCCCCGGGCCGCGCCGCUGCGCCUCCACCCGGACCUCCGACGGCUUCGGUCUUCGCCGGCGCGACUUCGGCGCCGGCCCCUGCGCCUGCCCCGGGAUCUGGCCCGAGCCCCGCAGGGCUGCCUGCCUUCCUAGGCGCAGAGCUGGGUUGCGCCAAGGCUUUCUACCCCGCGUCCCUGAGUCCCCCCGCAGCUGGCACAGCGGCCAGUCUGUCCACGGCACUCCUGCGUCAGGGCCUCAAGACGGACGCCGGCGGCGGUGCGGGUGGCGGGGGCGCGGGGGCAGGCCAGAGGCCUUCCUUCUCUAUAGACCACAUCAUGGGCCACGGUGGUGGCGGGGCCGCACCCCCGGGCAGCGGCGACGGUUCCCCGGGAUCGCCAUUCGCGGCAGCCGCAGGUCCUGGGGGUCAAGCCCAAGUCUUGGCCAUGCUGACUGCCCCGGCCUUGACUCCGGUGGCUGGCCAUAUCCGCCUCUCGCACCCGGGGGACUCACUCCUGUCUUCAGGGCCCUCGUUUGCCAGCAAAGUCGCCGGCCUCAGUGGCUGCCACUUUUGACCGCACCGGGCUCGGGGCCAGUUAGGCCCUCACUCCUUAACCUCUCUGGGGAGCUCGGCCGGUCCCAGCGGAAUUCAGGGAGUCUAUUUAUGAAGAGUCUCCAGACCUAGGCCGUCUCGUGUGAUCAGGCAUUGCAAGCUGCAAGCUCAGAAUGUCACCGGCAGUUGGGACGAAGCGGGCUCCCCCGGCUCCCCUGAUCUACGCAAUAGGUUUAAAGCGGAGAUCGCUUUUCUGUUUGAGCAGCAAAAAGGAGAGCAGGAACCUUCCCUGUUUCUUGCCUCUGCGCCUCUCACAGUCGGAGAAGAAUGCUUUGGCAGAGAGAUACGCCUGUCGGUUGUUGGAUCGCGCCAGAAUCACCUAUGGCUUGAAAAAUCCACUGCCCCAUUUCUUCCUCAACUUUGAGACCCGCUUAUCCAAUAUUAUAAUUUAAAGACAUCUGUUAUCUGCUUUGUGCUUAAGAGAAAUUUUCAAAAAAAAUUUUUUUGGUUCCUUUUGCUGUUCUUCAAGGAAGCUGGUUCCCUCCAAGCCUAAGACAGGGUCUAUACAGUCGGGAAGCUAAGAGAAGUGAACCGGGGUCUCCACAAUCCUUGAAGAAACCGCGGAGCCCAUUCCCCCGCCCCCCGAGGAAAAUGUUUUCUCUCUGGUGUUUGGCUGUUGCUUUUUUUUUUUUAGGAGCCCUUUUUGGCGUUUCCUGUGGUCCAUAGGCCCAGCUAUCCAGGGCUAGCGGACCUCUUGGCCUUCUCCUCUGCCCCAGGCCCUGUGAUAUUUAUUGUAGUUAAAGGCAAUGAGAGUGGGUGGGAGAAGAGGGUCUGGAGAGGUGGGAAUUGGGUGGGCAAGGGCACAGAGCUGUGGCAGGGGGGUCCUAUAAUUAUGUGUAAAUAUCUGUACAAUGGGCUGCCCCCUUUCUCUGCAUUCUCUGUCCACUGGUGUGCAUUGAUUUAGACUUCUCCACUUAGCGGAGACUCUGUGAAAUCGUCUGAUGGUCUGUGUGGAAGAAAAAAAAACCUGUCUCCCUCUCCCUCUUCAUUGGUGUCAAUUGAAUAAAUGUAUGUGAACUUAGCAG